GGAGGCGACGGGAGCCGAGCGGGAGCCGCCGACGCCACCACCGGGUCCCCAGCGCCGCCGCCGCUUCCGCGCCCACCCCCGGCGAGCCGGCCCCCGCGCCCCUGCCUGCUGGCGGCGGGCGUGAGCGCCGUGGCCAGCCCUUGGCCGGCCGGUGGGCAGCCGGCACCAUGGCCGCACCGGAGCCUCUGCGGCCGCGUCUGUGCCGCCUGGUGCGCGGCGAGCACGGCUACGGCUUCCACCUGCACGGCGAGAAGGGCCGCCGCGGGCAGUUCAUUCGGCGCGUGGAGCCCGGUUCCCCGGCGGAGGCGGCCGCGCUGCGCGCUGGAGACCGGCUGGUCGAGGUCAACGGCGUCAACGUGGAGGGUGAGACGCACCACCAGGUGGUACAGAGGAUCAAGGCCGUGGAGGGGCAGACUCGGCUGCUGGUGGUGGACAGGGAGACGGACGAAGAGCUCCGCCGGCGGCAACUGACCUGCACCGAGGAGAUGGCCCAGCGAGGGCUGCCGCCUGCCCACGACCCCUGGGAGCCAAAGCCGGACUGGGCACGAGGGGGCAGCCUCAGCUCUGAGGUUGCCCAGAAGGAUGUCAACGGGCCCCUGAGGGAGCUGCGCCCGAGGCUCUGCCACCUGCAAAAAGGCCCCCAGGGCUACGGGUUUAACCUGCACAGUGACAAGUCCCGGCCCGGACAGUAUAUCCGCUCCGUGGACCCGGGCUCACCUGCUGCCCACUCUGGCCUCCGUGCCCAGGACCGACUCAUAGAGGUGAACGGGCAGAAUGUGGAGGGGCUGCGCCACGCGGAGGUGGUUGCCAGCAUCAAGGCACGGGAGGACGAGGCCCGGCUGCUUGUGGUGGACCCCGAAACAGAUGAGCACUUCAAGCGGCUGCGGGUCACACCCACCGAGGAGCAUGUGGAAGGAUGGCAGCACCUGGAAGCGCGACCCUUUUCAGGAGAGCGGCCUCCACCUGAGCCCCACUGCAGCCGAGGCCAAGGAGAAGGUGAGAGCCACCAGGGUCAACAAGCGGGCGCCGCAGAUGGACUGGAACCGGAAGCGAGAGAUCUUCAGCAACUUCUGAGCCCUCCCUGCCUGUUUCCUGCCGGGCUCCUCCUGCACGGACCUUGGGCCUUGCCCCUCGGGCCCGCCCAGAGCUCCCCUCAGUGGACUGGAGGGGGCAUCCUUACCCCCCAAGGCGUGGUGGUCCCACCACCACCCAAGAACCAACCUGUGCCCCAGUGAGACCCCGUCCUGCCCCCCACCCGCUGGGUGCUAGGGGAGUGUGGCAGCAAGAUGGGGAGAGAGAGCCCCUGAGAUGUGAGAUACCCAGAGAGACAGUGAGGGGAUGUGGGGAGAGGAAGAGAGA